CCAAGUCCUAUCUAACUUCUAAAGAGGCACGCACAUGCUCGAGCAUGCAAAUGAAAUCCACCAAUUCCAAAUUAAGACUGCAUCUUGUCCGUACAGUAACAACCUUAACAGAAAAAAUACACCGACCAGUGCUGUCAUCGGCGGCGGCGGCGGCGACGACAACCUCAUCAUCAUCACUGGUCUUAGAAUCUUACCUCCAACCUCACAUAAACGACACCAUUUACGCCAAAAACAGAACACUUGACAGCUACAUAAAAUCAGGGAACGUUACCCUUGCUCAAAAACUAUUCGAUGAAAUGUCCAUGUGUGAUGUUGUUACAUAUAACUUGAUGGUUUCCGGGCUUGGAAAAUACGGAAUACCAAAACAAGCUCUUUACUAUUACUAUGAAAUGGUUUCCUUAGGAAUUAAAGAAAGCCCAUCAACUUUUUCUUCUGUUUUAAGUAUAUGCAGCAGCCAAGAUGGGUUUUUAAGACAAGGAAUUCAAGUUCAUUGCAGGAUUAUUAAACUUGGGUGUGGCUCCAAUUUGUUCAUUAGAACUUCACUUGUUGGUUUUUAUAUGCAGAUGGGAUGUUUUGAUUUGGGUUUUAGUUUGUUUGAUGAAAUGCCUGAGAGAAAUUUGGCUACUUGGAAUUUGGUUUUACGCGGUUUCUGUGAACUGGGUCGGUUCCAUGAAUUAUUAAGAGUGUAUCAUGAGAUGAAAUUGGAUGGUGUACAUCCGAAUGGACUUAGUUUUUGUUAUUUGAUUCGAGGGUGCCGUAAUGAAAAGUUUUUUUAUGAAGGGAAGCAGCUGCAUUGUCAUAUUAUUAAAGUUGGAUGGGCGAGAUCAAAUAUUUUUGUUGCUAAUGCUUUAGUGGAUUUUUAUUCUGCUUGUAAGAGUUUGAAUGAUGCAAGGAAAUCAUUUGAGUCCAUUAAGGUGGAGGAUGUCAUUUCGUGGAAUUCAAUAGUGUCAGUUUAUGCUGAUUGUGGCUUAUUAUUUGAAGCUGUUGAGUUGUUUUAUUUGAUGCAGUUUUGGGGAAAGCCAUCAAUUCGUUCAUUUGUUGCACUAUUGCAUUUGUCAAGCUUGAAUGGUAAUAUUUUGUUUGGGAAGCAGAUUCAUUGUUGUGUCUUGAAGAUGGGUUUUGACAUUGGAAGUUUUCAUGUACAAUCUGCGUUGAUUGACAUGUAUGGGAAAUGCAGGUACAUUGAGAGUUCAGUGUCCGCUUUUGAAAGUGUUCCCAAGAAAACUACACAGAUUUGCAAUUCUUUAAUGACCUCUUUGCUGCACUGUGGUAUUGUUUAUGAUGUAGUUGAGAUGUAUGGUUUGAUGGUUGAUGAAGGAAUUGGACUUGAUGAGGUUACAUUUUCCACAACACUGAAAGCAUUAUCAGUUUCUGAAUUUGCAAGUAUGGACAGCUGCAGAUUGGUGCACUGUUGUGCAAUGAAAUUAGGUUUCGGAUCCGAUAUUGCAGUUUCAUGUUCGUUGAUUGAUGCAUAUUCAAGGUGUGGUCAUGUUCAACUUUCAAAAAAGGUUUUUGAACAACUUCCUUCACCAAAUGUAAUCUGUUUUACGUCAAUUAUCAAUGGGCUUGCACAGAAUGGGUUGGGGAGAGAAUGCCUUCAGACAUUUGAAGCAAUGAUCCGAAAGGGUUUGGAACCUGAUAAAGUGACAUUCUUGUGUGUUUUAACUGGAUGCAGUCAUUCUGGGUUGUUUGAAGAAGGAAGAUUGAUUUUUUAUUCAAUGAAAGCCCAGUAUGGGAUCUGUCCAGCAAAGGAACAUUUUUCCUGUAUGGUUGAUAUCUUGGGGCGUGCAGGUUUGCUUGAUGAAGCUGAAGAGUUGACGCAAAAGGCACCUGGAAGAGGUGAUUGUGUGAUGUGGACCUCAUUACUGCGAAGCUGUAGGAUCUAUAGGAAUGAAAUUGUAGGAAGAAGAGCAGCGAAGGCAUUGUUAGAGCUUGACCCAGAAGAUUUUUCAGUGUAUUUGCAAGUAUCAAACUUCUAUUCUGACAUUGGGGAAUACGAAUCCUCAAUGCACAUUAGAGAGCUCGCUAUAGCAAGAAAGUUGACAAGGGAGAUUGGUCGCAGUUUUAUUGAGGUGAACAAUCCCCAUAUAGAUUGGAGCUCUGUCCAAAAUAAGAAAACUGAAGACAUCAGGCAUCGCCUCUGACAGUAGACAGAAAUUGAACUUUCUUUUCACAAAAUCCCUUCUUGUCAAGUGUACACUACAUAAAAUAUCUAUGUAAAGUUUUCUUUUGCUUGAAGCGUUUAAUGUGCAUGUAGUGGGAAGUCACCAUAAGCUUUUUGGCUGCCCUGUUUGGUCCAACAAAACAGUCGAUUUCUUCAUAGCUUAAAGUAUUUUGCAUUGUUUCUCUGCCUCA